AUGGUCUUGUCACGGGCGCUCAACUCUGCCACGCAGCUGCCACCGUCGCAUCGACCUCACCUCGCCUGGCUGCUCAAGAAGGCGGCUCUGCGUCAGGACGUGUUUCUGGUCGGACCUCCCGCUGAUCUCAAGCAGCGUCGCGAGCUUGUCUCGGGCUCGGUUGUCUACGAAGACGCCCCGCCGGUCGUGGCCGCAAAGUCGGGCGGCGUUCUCAUCCUCGAUGGCAUUGACAAGGCUGAGAGGAACAUUCUUCCGCUGCUUAACAACUUGCUAGAGAAUAGAGAGAUGCGCCUCCCCGAUGGCCGCUUUCUCAUGCCGCCUCGUGCCUUUGAUGCGCUUCUGCCGGAUGCCACGCCGCAGCAACGCGAGCGCCUACUUGCGGACGAUGGCAUCGUCCGUGUCUCAGAGGACUUUAUGGUCGUCGCCCUCGGCCUUCCUGUCCCAACCUUUCCGGGAUAUCCGCUCGAUCCUCCUCUCCGGUCGCGGUUCCAGGCUAGGUUUGUUGCUCCGGCGCCGCAGAGCCUGCCCGAGUACGCCUCCUAUAUCGCCGGCGUCGGCGCAGCCUCGUCCUUUGGUACCUCGGACGCCCAGGCGCUGAUGGUCUACGCAGCAGCGUUACGUUCGGCCCAUGCCGCGGCCUCUUCUGAGCAGGGCGGCCUGCUCUACCUUCCGGAGCGCGCCGUUCGUAGCCUGCCCGCCCUCCUCGGCACUUUCCCGCGCCUCAGCCCGGGCGAUGCUCUCGACCUUUUCUACCCAGCCGAGCUGCUGCCGGCCACCGCCCGCAUAGACCUGACCGACAUUGCUACAGCCGCCAACUGGCCGCCAGCAGCCGGGCAGCGCCGUGAUCCCGGCUACGCGCUCGCUGCUGUCGAGCCGGGCGGCGAUAGCCACACCGGAACACUUCGUUUCUCGGCAAGAACUGGGGCCGGACUCACUGCCACUGCCGCCAUCGGCCCUGCGCCGCGCGAUACCACCGGCGCCGCCGCUCUUGCACCCAACCAGGCGUCUGCGCUCGAGCGGGCGACCAUGGCCCACGUCGCUGGUCACGACUUUGCCAUCAUCGGCGCCAAGGGUGUCGGUAAGACCUCGCUCGCCGCUGCCUUUGCUGCCCGCCUCGGCUUUCCGCUCACCACCAUCCAGUGCUUCCGCGACAUGUCGAUGGCUGACCUGCUCGUUCGCCGCGGUACCGCGGCCAAUGGUGACACUGUGUACGUCAACUCACCGCUGAUGGCGGCGCUUCGCGACGGCGGCGCUGUCGCCCUCGACGGCGUGCACCGCCUUGAGCCCGAGCUCCUCGCUGCGCUCUCCUCGCUUUUCACCUCGCGGACCCUUGACCUGCCAAACGGCGAGCGGUACCUGGCGGCCGACGCGCAUGGACAGCUCGCUGCCAAGCGUGGUGUCUCGCCUGCCGAGCUCGAAGAGAGUGGCAUCCACGCCAUCGCGCCGUCAUUCCGCCUCCUCGCGCUCGGUGAGCCGUCAGCCGUCUCCAACCCGUGGCUUACCUCGGAGCUCCUGCCCAACUUUGCCUGGAUUCCGGCGCCGACGUUGGACCUUGAGUUUCAGCUCUCGCUUGUCAGCCAGACUCGGAGCGAGGCGGCCGGCGGUCCCGAAGCGCUCAAGAAGCUCGCCUCUGUCAUCGCCGCGCUGAGGUCGACCGGCGCCGAAAGUGCCGACGGCCACGCGCUUGAGCCGCUCUCGACCCGGCAGAUCUUGCGGAUCGCACGCCGGGUGGCGGCGUACCCCGACUCGCUACACGCCGCGCUCAACCGGGUCUGCAUUACUGCCUUUAUGCCAGUCCCGCUCCGCACUGCCUUUGCCAACCUCCUCGCCGAGCAUGACAUCCAUCCGCCGGCUGCGGACCAGGAGCUCAGCAUUGUCGCGUCGGACAACGUGCUCACCAUCGGCGACGUAAGCCUUCCUAAGGCCAAGGCCGCAAAUCCUCAGCUCGUCCCCAACAUUGUGUUCUACGAGACCCAGUCCCAUCUGACUGUCCUCCGUGAGAUGGCCGCUGACUUUGCCGCCGGCGAGAAGCACUUGCUGCUCAUUGGCAACCAGGGAACCGGCAAGAACAAGCUCGCCGAUCGGAUGCUGCAGCUUCUUGGCGCGGAGCGCGAGUACAUCCAGCUCCACCGCGACACGACUGUCCCAUCGCUCACGCUCUCGCCUACGCUCGUCGACGGGAGCGUGGUGUGGCAGGACUCUCCGCUUGUCCGCGCCGCCCGUGAGGGCCGCGUUCUCAUGGUCGAUGAGGCCGACAAGGCACCGCUCGAGGUGGUGUGCGUGCUCAAGGGCCUCGUCGAAGAUGGCUCCAUGCUGCUCGGCGACGGCCGAGUCAUCACCUCGCUCCCGCCUAACGCGCUCUCCGCCUCGCAGCGCGAGCGCGGCUUCAUCCCGCUCCAUCCAGACUUUCGCAUGAUUGUCCUCGCCAACCGGCCAGGCUACCCGUUUCUUGGCAACGACUUUUUCGCCGAGUGUGGCGAUGUUUUCUCACCGCAUGUGGUGGACAACCCGGACGCGGCGUCUGAGAUGGCGCUGCUCCGUGCGUACGCACCCGAUGUCCCUGAUCCGAUUCUACGCGCACUCACGGCUGCCUUUGCCGAGCUCCGCAGUCUCACCGAGCAAGGCCUGCUCUCGUAUCCGUACUCGGCACGCGAGCUGGUGGCCAUUGUGCGUCAUUUGCAGGAGUUUCCUGGCGACUCGCCGCUCUCAGUCCUGGGCAACGUCUUUGACUACGAUGUGCACGACGCGCCGGUCCUCGAGGCGCUGGACGAGGUCCUUACUCGCCACGGCCUCCCGCUGCUCUCUGCACUCGACACCCCUCACGCGGGCGCCCGCCGGGCCGCAUCUGAGCGGUCGGGCCAUGCUGCCGAUGUCGCUGGAUCACUUCCUAUCGACCUUGCCCGUCCUCUGCCGCUCAACCCAGUGCAGUUGAGCGGGGCAGGGAAGGCCAAGUGUGAGCUAUUUGCACCUACAGGUGAGGCCGCGCGCGGUGAUGCUGUCGAGGUACGUGCGCGCAACGUCGGCUUCAUGUUCGCCGACUCGCGGCCACUCAGCGUCACGCCACCGAUCUCGGCACGCACCCGACAGUUCUCUGAGCUUCUCCAGUCGUGGCCGCUGCCGCUCGCGGAAGUGUCACGGCGGCUGGUCUCGGGCGCGUGGCUGGAUGAUGCGGCCGGCUACGUGCUUGCCGGGGCGCGGUCGUCAGCACUGGUGACUGGCGAGCGCGCCGGAAGCAGCGCAGUCAUGACCGCACUCGACUUUCUGCCGUCGUUUGUGCAGCCGAUUGUGUGUGCGCCAGGUGGAGACUGGGUGGUCAUCGAUGCCGCGCGGGUCGGCCUUGUGUUUGCGGUCCCUGGCGCAAGCAACGGCGUUGCGCACCCCGAGACCGUCAUUCAGCUCGAGCUUCCCGAGGCGCUGACCGGCAAGGCGCCUGGCGCAAACCCGAUGCGGAUGCUGAUGGACCCGUCGCGGGCGUCGCUGGAGGCAGCGCCACCUCCGCACGCAUUUGCACCCGGCGUGGCGACUUGCAGCGCGCUGCAUGGCCUUUUGUGGGAGCGCAACGGGCGCAAGAUAAUGGGCGUCUCGUUUCGAGCUGCUGGCGGCGCAACUGCCACUAGUUAUCCACAUCUUCUCGCCGAUGGCGCCGAGAUGGUCAACGUCCAGCGUGUGACGGCGACUGACCAGGCCGGCGCUCGUGGCUCGUGGCUUGUCUCACUGUCGGACGGCAGCCAUGCGGUUGUGAACUGCGACGCAAGCGGCGCGCUCUCGACCGGCCCGCGACUGGGAACGCGCGGCCAGCUGGCGGUACUGGGCUCUGGUGCUGUUGGCGCGAUUGUGCGUGACGGAGUCGAGGGUGCGCUGGGCAAGAUUCCCUGGGCCGCACCGGAGCACGCCGAGUGGGCCAGCCUCCCGAGUCUCGACUCUGGAACGCCCAUCCUUACCUCGCACCACCCGGAAAGUGCCGUGCACCUCGCUAGCGAGGACGAGUCGCUGUGGGGCACUGUAGUGUACGGCUCGGACGCCGGGCUCACGCUUGCAGACCUCGAUGCCAACAUGAUGAAGAGCAUUGCUGUCGAUGCGCCUGUUGUUGCGCUUGGCAUCGGAAAGAGCGCUGACGAUCGGCCAGCUUCACUGUUUGGUGUCUGCACCGACGGCGUCAUCCGCGAGUGGCAGGCGUUGGACGAGGGCUCGUUGAUGGAGGAGCUUGCUGGAUGGCACGCUGUGCGCGAGGGUCUCGAGUCAGUGGAGGAGACGGUUCGCGGCGUGGCCGAAGCGCGGUACAAGUUGCCACCCGCUGAUGGCGAUGACGACGAUGGUGCUCCAGCUGGAGCAGCCGAGAACGGUAGUGGCGGCGAUUCUGGAGCCGGUGAUGGAUCGUUUGUGCCAGUAAGCUCGGCUGAUGCCUUGGGAGGAGGCGGAGGCGGAGGCGAUGGCGGCGGUGGAGGUGGCGGCGGAGGCGGCGGUGGAGGAGGUGGCGGCGGUGGAGGCGGCGGUGGCGGUGGCGGAGGAGGAGGUGGCGGCGGCGGCGCUGGUGCUGAUCUCUCGUCGGACGGUUUUGGCGGCUACACUGUGGUUGAUGGACAAGUUGUGCUUCCGGAAGAGGCGGCGGCGUCGUCCGAGCUGGAUACGGGGACUCGGAGCGCGAUCGAGGAGGCUGCGGUCCGGGUACUGGAGCAGACAAAGCGGGCCAUGGCGCUGCGGAACGGGUCAGGCGGGGUCGGACAGCGCGAUGAGUCGCCGGCGUAUGACUCGCUGUGCGCCAAGAUGGAGCGACAGAUUCAGCAGCUCUCUGUCAUCUUGCACAAUGCUGAGGCCAAGGAGAAAGAGCGUGAGUGGCUCGGCAACCAGUCGCAAGGUGAGCUCGACGACCGGCGGCUUGUGGACGGAAUGCUCGGCGAGAGUCACAUAUAUCGACGUCGGGGCGAGCCGGAGGCGCGGGCCGGGGUGCGGCAGGCGCGGCCAAAGCGUGUGCGGUUUGUACUGGACGUGUCUGCGUCAAUGGCGCGUUUCAAUUCGUGGGAUGGCCGGCUGGACCGGGUGGCGUGGUCGAUGGUGAUGGUAAUGGAGGCGCUGCGCGGGCUGGAGCACAAGUUCUCGGUGUCGAUGGUGGGGCACUCGGGCGGCUCACCGGCCAUACCGAUAGUGGAAUAUGGCGAGGUGCCGAGCACGCCGGCGGGCAAGUACGAGGUUGUGGAGGCGUUGUACACCGCGGCAGCGUCUGCGCCGCGUGGCGACUCGACGCUCGACGCGCUGCGACUUGCUGUCGAGAAUGUGACCGAGGAGGAGGGCGAUGAGUAUCUGGUCUUCCUGGUCUCGGAUGCCAACCUUGGCGCGUACGGGGUGACGCCCGAGUCGCUGCGGGCCGAGUUUGACCGCGACGAGCGCGUGCAUGUUUCGGCCAUCUUUAUUGCUGAGGAGGGCGUGGCGUCAUGGCUCGCCAAAGAGCUGCCCGGUGGCCAGGCCGUAGUGUGCCUCGAUGUGGGAGAACUGCCGACGAUUAUGCGCGAGAUGCUUGCCAGCGCGCCGUAACCGGGCGGGCGUCUUCUACACGGCGUGCUUGGCGAACGGGGCGCGGCAGAUGGGACACGUCGGCGUCGCCUCGAGAGUAAAUGCUUCAAACGAG